AAGUCUUUGGACGGCGCGCACAACUUCUCCGCUCUUCCACCGCUUAACAGUCCACUAUUAAUACAACAAACAAACCAACAUUUCUUCCUCAUCCACAAAAUAAAACUAUUUCUUUUUAUCACAACUUCAUUGACUAUUCAAUUUCCCAAAACCCCAUCUCAAAUCCUCAGAUCCAAAACAAUGGAAGACGAAUACUACACAACAAGAGGUAAACCCACCAAAACCCACUCGGGUCCGGGCCAAGUUCCGGGUCAGGGUCACACCCCCAGCACAUCAGAACUCAUGGCAAGCGCUAAACUCAUGGCAGACGCAGCUAAAUCGGCUUUAGCCCACGAUACCGAAAAGAUCGAUAAAGCUAAAGUCGCCGGAGCCGCCGGUAACAUCCUCGGCGCCGCCAAACAUUACGGUAAACUCGAUGAGAAGAGUUACGGUAAAUACGUUGGUAAAGCUGAAACUUAUCUUCAUAAAUAUAACUCGUCAUCUUCUUCUUCUCAAUCUCAAUCUCAUUCCUCAUCGUAUACCUCUUCAACCACCGCGCAUUCCUUCGGGUACGGUGGCCCCCACGACGGCGGUGACGGGAAGUAUAGUCAUGGUCAGGGUCAUUCCGGUGGUGGUGGAAGUGGUGGGGGGUAUGGGGAGUAUGUGAAGUUGGCGCAAGGGUUGUUGAAUAAGAAGCAAGAUCAUGGCGGCGAAGGCGGUGGAUCAGGACAUUCUAGUAGCGGUGGUGCUGGGGAUUAUAUUAAGUUGGCUCAAGGGUUGUUGAAUAAGAAACAAGAUCAUGGCGGCGAAGGCGGCGGAACAGGUCAUUCUAGUGGUGGUGCUGGAGAUUAUAUCAAAUUGGCUCAAGGGUUUAUGAAGAAACAUUGAUUAAUUAAUUUGAUGGUUUGGGUUAAUGUUGUUUGAAAUUGUGUCAAUUACAUACUGACUUGUUGUAUUGGAUUAUGAGUAUGAUUAUUGUAUGAAUGUCAAUUACUUGAUUAAUUUUGUGCUUUGUUAUUUCUAAGUUUAGCUUAUGCAAAAAAUUAUGCUUGUAAUCUUGAGCACUAGAAUAGAAGUUGUAUUCCGAUUGACCAAUUCCUUUCA